GACAAUAAACAGACAGUAUGAGUAUAGCCUACUGUCAUACAUUAUGCGUUUAUGACAAAUUAAAAAUCAAAAGUGAUUUAGAACAACACGUCUUCUUUUACAACGUAUCAAGAAAGCGAAACUUGCCUCUGCUUUUUACUUUCGUUUUCUUGACAUCGAAUCUUUCAGUAUACGCGCGGUUUCAACGGAAAGAAGUUCAUAACAAGCAUGAGCAACGAAGACAUGGAAGCGGAGCUCAGGCAGCUGGAGUGUCUUUUUACAUGGGGUGUAGAAAAAUCAGACAUAAGGGAUUUGAGCAGCUUACCAGAAAAACUCCAUGAUAGGAUAAAAUUUUGUCCACAAAAGUAUCAUGGCACGUAUUUCAACCUUCUGGCUUUUAUUAGCCACUUGGAGGGUAAAACUGAGAGUGCGCUGGACUACCUUCAAAAGGCUGAAUUGGCAUUAAAGGAAGACAAACGAAAGAAAGCUGAGUUCUUGGUGACAUUCUCCAGCUUUGCAUGGGUGCACUAUCACUUACAAAGGCUAAAUGAUGCAGAAGAUUACUUGAACAAAGUGAAAAGUAUAUGCAAAGAUAUAACAGGUUCAUCAGAUUACUCCUGCAGCUUGCCUGUAGUACAUGGUGAGAAAGCAUGGAGCUUUCUGAGACUUGGAGGAACAUUCUAUGAGCAAGCAAAAGAGAGUUUCUCUAAGGCUCUUGAGGCAGAACCAGACAACAUUUUGUUUAAUGUGGGCUACGCAAUAGUGCUUUACAGGAUAGAUGGCAUGAACAAAGCAGCAGACACUGGAAGAGUCACCGAACAGCUUAGAAAAGCUCUCAGCCUAGAGCCCACAAACACUGAGAUCAUGGUACUUUUGGCUCUGAAACUCCAGAGGUCAAGGAGACAGGAAGCCCAGAACCUUAUAAAAGAGGCCCUCAGGUUGUCUCCUGAUGUUCCACAAGUGACCAGAUAUGUGGCCAAAUACUUUAGAGCAGAGGGCUCCAUUAAAGAUUCACUGUCUGUCCUCAAGAGGGCAGUAGAGCUAGCGCCAAACUCCUCCUUUCUGCACCAUCAAAUCGGCCUUUGCCAUAAACAACAGCUUAUUCAGAUGUUUGAGGAGAGGAGGCCCGGGAGGCACAUUUCUGCUGCUCAAAAAGCCUCUAAAGUGGCUGAAUGUAUCCAGCACUUCUCAAAGGCUGUAGAGCUGAAGCCUAACAACAUUUAUGCCAAAGUGAAUUUAGCUGAGGCCUAUGGGGAGAACCGGCAACUUGGCGAGGCAGAGAAGAUCUUUAAAAGCCUGAUAGAUGACAAAGCCCUCAGUGAGUCUGAUAAGCAGCACUGCCACACAUGCUAUGGUUUGUUCUUGCUUUACAAGAAAACGGAUGAAGACAAAGCAGUCGGUCAGUUCAAGGCAGCAUAUAUGAUUCCAGUCAACACCUAUGAAAGGAAACAAGCUGGCAAGAAGCUCAGACUGAUUGCGGAGAGGAAUCUCAACACUAAGAAGAAAGUCAGAGAAGCAUUCGAGAUUUUGGCCUUCAUAUCUUCUGAAGACAAGCAGGAGAGCAAUGGGGCAUCUUCAUAGAACCCAGCAGCAAUCCUCUGAGGAGCUGUCAAAAAACUUUGCUAAGGGACUGAAAUUUUAAUACAUUUUUUUGCUUGUACAUAUAUUUAUCAAAAAAAAAAAAAAGAGAAAAGAAUAUAAA